AUUUAAACUGAUAAUAGUGAAAAAUUGUGAAUUAAUAUAGCAAAGGAUCAAUUGAGCUAGAAGUCAUUUAUCGCAACCUAUAUAUUCAACAAUUAUCAACGUAGUCGAAGUACAUCAACGUAUUCAACAACAGGAUUGUUUAGAACAUUAGCUCGAUUGCCAUACAAUCGAUUACAGGAAGAUCAUUUAUACUUGCUAAGUAAUCUUAGACUUGAAUGAUUAGACUUUUAUACUCGUGAGAAGUGACGUGAUAAGAAAAUUUCCAGUGAACAUUAGUGUGAAUACAAAAGAAUAUUAAAUAGACAUAAAGUUGGUGAGAAAUUCAUGAAGGAAAUUUUUCAAUAAGUAAGAAGAAAGUGAAGUAAAAGAAAUUUGUUUGAAAGUGAAAAGAAAUAUUUUAAAGACACAAAAUUAAUAGUUUAGCAAUCAAACGAAAUGUUUUCGUUUCAUAAACCGAAAGUUUAUCGCAGUACUGCAGGAUGCUGUAUAUGCAAAGCCAAAUCUUCAAGCUCCAGAUUCACAGACUCGAAGAAAUAUGAAACAGAUUUCAUACAGUGCUUCCAACUUGAAAAUCCAAGACGUGGUGAAAUAUGCAAUGCAUGCGUUUUAUUGGUCAAAAGAUUUAAAAGAUUGCCGCCAGGAAGUAACAGACAUUGGGGACAUGUUGUUGAUGCACGCACAGGACCUGGAUUGAAGUCAAUGACAAAAUUCAAGAAGCGAAAAGAGGAACAAGAAGUAAAAGAAGAAAAAGAUCGAUUUAAUAAAAUAUUCAAGAAAUCAAAGAAAAAGUUUAAGAAGGAAACAAGCUCAUUGGGUGGAUCUUCUGAUGAUUCACCACCAUCUCCAACGGAAUCACAGCACAGUGACGAUUAUGAUGAUGGAUUAUUUCAAAAGAAAUUCUUCAGCUAUACGACACGUGCACAACAGCAAGUUUUAAAGCGAAAAGAAGCUGAAUUGAAAGCUGCAAAAAGGAAACGAAAAAAUCCAAAUCCAUCAAAAAAUGCACAUUGGCCAGCCAAUUAUUUUAAUCUGUUCUCGGACGUGAUUAGUGAUGAGGUGUGGUGUCAAAAAAGUACUUGCUGUGGAGCUAUUUAUGAAUGUAAAGAUCUAGAAUCUGUCAUUAUUAAUGUUGCAUCGUUCAAGCCCUGCUUACAACAUCAAGGCAAAAUUUUGCAUACAACGAAAGUUCAGCCUCCACAAAUUCAAGUUCCACAACAUACUACUGCAAUCAAGAAGCAUCAAUUAUUCCUCAAACGUCACAGUGAGCCAUCAUCUGUAGCAAAGUCGUCGUUAAGUGAUAUAAGUAGUAAUAGUAUCGUAACUGAAUUUAGCAAUAAUAAUGACAAGACUGAGCCGAUGGAUUCGACAGAUGAGAGAAAAGAGAAAGACAAUAUCAUCCCGCAAAUGAUCGAUAUCAAAUUUAAGACAAUUCACAAUGAUGAGAAGAAGAAUGGCUUAGAUAAGAUUGAGAAUGCAUACGAUCAAAAAGAGUUAAAAGAGAAGCUCCGUAAGGAAGUAAUUCAUCAGGAAACAGUAAAAUCGCUGAAAUCAUCAUCACAAGUCAGUAAUCAUCCACUUUCAAGUGUUAAUGGCGAUAAGAUGUCAAUAUUUAAGUAUAAAUUAGCUAAUAUUGCACGUUUUGGGGGUAUUGGUAAUGAUAAUUCAUCAGAUUCAGGCUAUGAAGAAGUUGUACAAGAUGGUGGAAAUAAAUUGAUAUCAAUGCCUCCGCCAGCUGAUGUCAUGCAAUCACUUUGAGUUUCAUAAGCUUUCUUAUUAUUAUUAAAAUAACUCAAAUUAUAAAUAAUUUUUCUUUUAAAUUUACUAAAACAAUUAUUUUUCGUAUGACAAAUUAUUAUUUAAUGUAAAGAGAAUAGAUGAAAGUAUGGAUAGGACAAAUUCGCGCACAGAAGUUUAAGAAAUAAUUAAUUAAAGAACAUUUUUUGACGUGAUGAACCAAAUAACUUAGGAAAAAGAUUGUUUUAUAGUAAAUUUUUACUACUUUUUUGCCACACAUUGCUAAAGUAUGUAUAAAGAUGAAGAUUAAUAUGUUUUUUAUGUAAAGAAUGAAAUACACAACCUCUAUAGAUACUGCCAUUAAUACAUUUAUACAGGAAAAAAGAAUCAAUUCU